CGUCAAUGGGAAGAAGCUAUUUUAAUUUUGAAUUUUGGAUGACCUUAAUAUACUCUAUUAAGUGUACGAUAUAUGUAUCUCGUUUUAACAAGUGAAUAAAAAAAUAAAAAAUUUAUAAAAAAACGAAAAAUGUCAAAGAUGAAUGAACCAUUAAAAUAUUAUGGAAAAAGAAGAAGCAUUGUUCGUAGAAUUGGUUCAAUGUUACCUUUGAAACCACCACCAAAAAUAUAUGUUAGUGUUACACCCUUGCAUUCAAUGACAAGCUCUAUGAUUAAUGAAGAAACUAGUGGUGAUUAUAUUGAUACAAAUGGAUAUGGAUCUGCAAGAUUGUCUAAUGUCAGACCAGAUUUAUUGGAGCCUAUUAGUUUUGGAUCUGAAAUUCGUUUACUUGCUUUAGAACAAGAGCUUCAAGAACUUAGGGAACAAGUUUCAGCAAUAGUUAAAAGUAAUAAACAAUCUAGAUAUACAUCUGUUGCUUCUUUAACAAAUGGGAUGGAUAGUGAAAACAUAAUACAGUCACAACAACAACCUCCUCCACCACCACCACCACCACCACCAUUACCACCUCCGACUCCUCAUAUUGCAAGAAGAGCAAGUUUACAAGAUCAUAAAGUCGAAGAUCGCAAAAGAGGUCCAUUUGCUUCUCAAAUUUCUAUGACAGAUGUAUUAAAAGAUAUUGAUAGUAUUAAAUUAAAACCAAUUGCUAGAUCACCUGGAGGACGACCUCUUCGUAUAAAACGAGACAACAGUCCAUGUAAUGAUUUGCAAGAAAUACUUAGAAGACGUUACAUUGCAAUGAAUUCAACUGAUAGUAGAAACUCUUCAGCUAAUUUGACAUUGAAUGACUCUUUCUCAAGUGAUGUGUGAAAGUAGAUUGAAUGUUUAUCAAUGUGUGGAAUGAAGGUAUCAUGGGACAUUGUGAAUGAUAUUAAUAAUAAGAUAAUGAGUUUGAUUAAUCAGUUUGGUUGCAAUAUUUAAUAUGUAGUUAUAGAUUAUAUAAAUAACAAAAUGAAUCUGUCGAACAUUUCUGAACUUAUGAUUAUUGGUAUUUUGUAGUAUCAGAAAUUAAUUUUUAAAAAUUAAUAUCUUUUUUUUAAAAAUUAUUAUGUAUACAUACGUAUAUACGUAU